UGUUAUUUCCCUCCUUCUGUCCUCACGUUGUGUAAAACCGCUUCCGGGUGUCAGCGGCAGCUCCAGCUCCGUUCAAGGUCCCGAACAUGGCCCAGUGCGUCUUGUAUCACCGGCUGGUCCACGGUCCCGGUCGAGUUUUACGGGAAAGCGUCGUCCGGUUCACGCACAGCGUGUCACGGAGAGAAGCGGGACUGAAGAACGCGCUGUCGCCCGCGCGGAGAGUCCACUGCUGCCCGGUGAACGUGAGUCGGUGGCAAACCUGCAGGAAGACACAGUGGCUGAACGAGCAGUGUCCAAAAACAUUUUCCACCAAACCCCCACCUCCUCCAUCAGGAGCAGAGCCCAAGAAAUCUGGGCCUGUGACAUGGAAAUCUUUAGCGAUAACAUUUGCUAUCGGAGGCACUUUGCUGGGAGCGAUGAAAUACUUCAAGAAGGAGAAGGAAGAAUUGAUUGAAAAAGAGAGGAACAGGUCGAUAGGGCGCCCGGCGCUGGGCGGCCCGUUCUCGCUCACCGACCACAACAACAAGCCCGCCAAGAGCGAGGACUUCCUGGGCCAGUGGGUGCUGCUCUACUUCGGUUUCACCCACUGCCCGGACAUCUGCCCGGAUGAAAUAGAGAAGAUGAUCGAAGUGGUGGAUGAAAUAGAUAAGAUCAAGUCUCUGCCGAACCUGACGCCGCUCCUCAUCACCAUCGACCCUGACAGAGACACACCAGAAGCCUUGGCUGUGUAUGUGAAAGAGUUUUCGCCGAAGCUGAUUGGCCUGACGGGGACGACGGCUGAGGUGGAGCAGGUUUCCAGAGCCUACAGAGUUUAUUACAGUCAGGGACCCAAGGACGAGGACAACGACUACAUUGUCGACCACACGAUCAUCAUGUACCUCGUGGGGCCGGACGGAGAGUUCGUGGAGUAUUUCGGACAGAACAAGAGAAGUGCGGAGAUCAGCGGCUCGAUCGCGGGCUACAUGAGGAAGUACAAGAAGGAGAAGUGAGCUGCCGGAGCCCCUGACGGAAUGGACGGACUGUCCUCAGGUGUUUCUGUGUAAUGGUCGAUAUUUAUUUUGGAUAUACUUAUUAUAUUAAGUUAACGUGUCUGCAGAGAACAUUCCUCCCAGUGGACAGACCUGUCGCCUUCUCCAUUAUUACCCAUAAUACACUUCACACUGCUGCUGCUGCACUCGCCUCAUUUGUAAAAGACUUUUUUUUAUUUUUCCCCUGCUUGAAAAAAUCAAAUUGUACACAGGAGCUCCAGGUCUGAUGCAAAAAGAAGGAAAUACCUGAAGACAAAUGUAAGAAAUGAAACAAUCGUUUUGAUUUUGUGAUAAAAAGCCGAAAUACAACACAA